AUGAACGGCCCAGCAUUGUCUUCAAGCCCGACCGACCUUGCCGCCAAUGAGUACGAGACUGGCGUCACCAACGGAGACGUGGACUGGCUCUUUCGGGGCAAGUCCAAGAAGUUGACUAAGAAGUUGAACGCCCAGGACUCGCGGCUGGAAAAGGACCCGCGUGAAGAGCCUCCCGUCAGUCCGUCCAGCUCCAAAGUUGGUAGUACCGGAGGAGCCGCCAGGGCCGCCGCCACCAGUGCUCCAGCGCCUGGAACUACUAGUGCUGGUGCUGGUGGUGCCACCUCUCAGCCUCCCAAGCCUUCUGGUUCCCCAAAAUCCGCCCCCAUUCCUGUGCCGAAGUCCCCCAAAGACACCUCGUUGGGUCCGAAACAGCCGCCCACGCCCCAAAUGACCCCCCCAGAAAAGGCGUCUAAGAUCGACAUGUUCAAGUUUGGACGCUCCAGGUCCUCUUCUGCAUCCAAUGCCUCGCGUCCUGUGUUGGAGGGCUUCAACCCUCUGCGCAGAAGCAGCACCAACAACAUUCCCCCCAUAGGGCAGAUUCCUGAGGGUGAGGUCGUCAGGUCCAAUUCUGUGUCCAGCCAGAGCUCGUCGCCAGGAGUGUCGCGUAGCAACUCCAAGAAAUCUCUCUUCAGCUCGUUGUCCUCCAAAUUCAAGGGAUCUUCGUCCCCCCAGCAGCAGCCCACUCUCCUGGCUGCGGGGCUCCAAAAGGCCACUGCCAACUUCUUGGUCAAUCCAGAAGAUUAUUCGGAUGGUCCCAUCACACCUCCAUCCCGCUCCAGAGCAGGCUCCAUCAAAGAAACUCCCACCAGAUCCAGAUCCGGCUCCAAAGACUCCACUGGCUCCCGUCCAAGAUUGCCUAGCAGAGAGUCCAAUAAUAGCGAACACGAGAGCAUUUCCGGUAAACUCUUUAAAAGAAAAGCAUCUUCCCUGACUAAUCGAAUCAUCCUCAACAAAAACAAAACCAGGAGAAGCUGCCCUUUGCCGGAGCUUAACAACGCCAACAUCAGAAGAGUGACUUUCGCAGUUGACAAGUUGACAUACGAUCCACAGCAACAAAUCCCGUCCAGAAGACCUCGCAAAGGUAAUGUGUUGAUCCCCGAAGAUCUCAUGGCACCCCCUCCUAGAUUAUCGUUGGGCAUCUCGUUGAGUGAUGGAGGCAAAGUCAAUCAAGAGCCAAAGUACACAGAGAGGGAACUCAACAUGGCCAUCGAAGCCCAACACCGUGCAUUACUUGAGGCCGAGAAGCACGCUCACGAAGCUCAUUUAUCAGCUAAGAGAAUUGCUGCCGAGCUUCAAGCCAAGUCCAAGAAAGCAAGAAAUGAAAAAGAUGAAAGAGAAGAGGAGGUUGAAGUUGAAGUUGAGAAAAGAUUCAAUCAGCAAAACUCCGAUUCUGCCGAUAUUGACAGCCCUCUUCAUGUACACGAGAAUCAUUUCGAAGACACCACUCCAACAGAGGAAGUAGUCGCUAAUGAAAUAUCAUUGGAAACUGUCUACACAAGAUGUUGCCAUCUUCGGGAGAUCCUUCCAAUUCCUGCCACCUUGAAGCAGUUAAAAAAUAAAUCAAAACCAUUGCAAGUGCUCAAAUUACUCAACCCCAAACCCACACUUAUCGAUGUAUUAUCAUUCAGUGACUUUAUCGCCAUUACUCCCAUUAAUACUGUCAUUUUUGAUAAUGUCACCAUGAGUACAGAGAUGUUAAAGCACCUUCUAGCCUCGUUACAAUACAAUCCUUCCUUAGAAAAGUUGUCAUUAAGAAAUGUCGCCAUUGAUGAGGUUGGUUGGAUUUACUUGUGUAAACUUUUGACGACUAACCUCAGUAUUAAAAAAUUGGACAUUUCCCAACAAAGAAUCAAAAGCGACACCAAACCAAACUGUGUUAGAUCGGCGAUGAAUUGGAAGCUUCUCAUUAAUUCUUUAAUCUACAGAGGAGGUAUUGAAGAGUUGGUUAUCAAUGGCUGUAAGCUAAGUGAUGAAAUCUUUGAAGACUUGAUCGACAAUGCAGUCUUAAUUAACACAUAUAGAUUAGGAGUUGCUUCCAUUGAGUUGAAUAUGUUUAAAGCCCACAAGGUGGCUAGUUGGAUAAUUAAUCCACACUCAAAAUGUGUGGGAGUUGACAUUGCCUUCAAUGACUUGAGUCAAGGACAAUUGAACCCAUUCAUAAAUGCCUUCAACAAAAAAGAUCAAAAUUCAAAACUUAUCUUCUUUUCUUUGAAUUCGACCAAUUUGACUGACGUUGACCAAACAAGUGAUAUGAUACAAGCUUUGAGCAAUAUCAAAACUCUCAGGUUCUUGGACUUAAGUUCUUUACCAAAAUUGUUUCCUUCUAUUAUCUCAAAGUUGAGUGAACAUCUUCCAAAUUUCCCAAAUUUGAAGAGAAUCCAUUUUGAUCUUAACGAAUUGUCUGUUCAGGCUAUAAGAGCUAUUGCUGAAAUAUUGCCAAAAAUCCCAGGAGUGAUGCAUGUGUCUUUAUUGGGCAAUCGUAACUUGGAUGAUAAUUCAGCAGGUAGUCUUUACACAUCUAUCAAAUUAUCGAAAUCUAUUUUUACAUUAGAUUUGGAUUACGAUUUGGUUCCUGACGAUUUAUCUCAAAGAAUUGCCUUUUAUUUAAUGAGAAACAUGGAUAAUACUAUGAAUGAAGUCAGCGGUAAUACUUCAGGGGUUAGCGGAUUCCAUCACGCUACCACUGGAGAUGAUGAAUUAAUGUUUGAUGGAUCAUUGUUAAUGGAAACGGCAGAAAAACUUUUGAUUGAAAGCGAUGAACAUAACAAAAAGGAAGAAGUGAAAAUUCAAAAAUUCAUCACCGAUGCACUUAUUGAAAGAACUAGAGCUGUCAGAAAAGAUAUUCAUAGGACAAUUGAUGAUUUUUUUGAAAAGAGAAAUCAAGGCACCCUAUCAUUAGAUGGUAAAGAAACCUUGUUGAGAUUUUGUCUUUUGGAUAAUUCUUUGGAGAAAUUGGUUCAUAUGUUCGAGGAAAGAGCAAGAAGAGAGUCCUUAGACUCCGAUGAAAAGUCAUUAAAUCCUAAAUUGAACAAGAAGAACAUGCCUACCAUCAAGGUACCUUCACAUGAUCAAUUACACGAAAGUUCCAAUGAAUUGAUUACUUCCGGCCCAAUUUUAUCCCCUCACAAUACCGAGAAGUUCACCCCAGGAUACUUUGCUGGAAUUGAACAGACAUUCCAGCCUCAUCAAGUCGUCAUUGAAUCUUCGUCAGAUGGACGUAAUGUUCCAAUCGACAACUCGACUGGUAGGCCUGUGUUGAUGAGAUCUAUCAGUCAUACAUCAGUUCAUGCCAAAGAACAAGAACAAGAAGAAGGAGAGUUCCACAGGUUGGGAUUCUAUAUCCAACAACGGAACAACAGUCAGAACCAGUUGGCUCCCGAUUCUCAAGCACUACCCCUGAACAAACCGAAAGAUGUUCCGAUGCUUAAUCUGUUGCCAUCGGGUUCUGAGCUAAGGGAUGCAAUCAUAGCUGCAAAGGGAAUAGAGUCUGUGACAGAGUUGAUCGACAAAAUAAGUACCAACAGAGUCAGUCUUGACAAAUUAUACACAACCUUGAACGAAAAGCAGCCCCUCAAUGACGAUUCGGAAGGAGAUGAUCAGUCCAUCGACUCAUUCACAGAUGCUAGAGAUACUUCCGAGGGAAAUGACGAAGUUACUGCAGUUGUGGAUGAGGUGUACGAUAAGUUAUUAAACGACGCUCAGAGGGUAAGGCUGAACAAAAGUGGAUAA